AAGGAAUCUGUCGGUGGUGACAGCAACGGAAGGUUGGUGCAGGGAUUCUCGACUGCGGAGGGAUAUGGGCACACAUUCCAUGCAGCUGAGCACCCAGCUGUUUCCCGCCACUUCACCUCAUUUACAACGUUUGUUGUUACACUUACGUUUUCUGGCCUUGGAAUUGCGUGUUACCUGCAGUUUUCCUCAGGAUUCAGGAGAUUUGCUUCCUCGGUAUUUUCUGUGAGUUGAUGGCCUUUCAGCCACGCGGCAAGAGAGAGAUCCGGGCGACCGAAGCAGAGGUUGUGGGGAGCUUGUGUCGACUUGGAUCUGCAUCGAUGGACAACGAGACUGUCCGCCGUGAGCACGAGCGGCGGAUCCGGCGCGAGAUCGCCAACAGCAACGAGCGGCGCCGCAUGCAGAGCAUCAACGCUGGCUUCCAGUCCCUCAAGACCCUCAUCCCACACAGCGAUGGGGAGAAGUUGAGCAAGGCUGCCAUCCUGCAGCAGACAGCCGAGUACAUCUUCGCCCUUGAGCAGGACAAGACGCGGCUCCUUCACCAGAACUCCCAGCUGAAGCGGGCGCUCAGCGAGCUGAUGGAGGAGAAGGGCGGCUCGCCGUCCCCCAAGCGGAAGAAGAUGGACAGCGAGAGCCGGGUGUCGGACGAGGGGAUCGCUGACGUCGCAGAUGACCACGAGUCGAUGGAGAACAUAAAAAAGCAGAUGUUGGAUUUACGCUGUCAGCUGGACAAGGAGCGUCGUCUGCGGAUGAUGCUGGAGGAGCAGAACCGCUCGCUGGAGGCGCAGCUGUACCCGGAGCGGCUGCGGGAGCUCGCACACCAGGUGCAGAUCCAGGCGCAGCAGGACGUCCACCGGCGGAUCGUGGAGCAGCACCAGCUCAUCCCACAGCAGGUGCAGGUGCAGAUUCAGCCCCAGCCGACCCCGGUGAUCGCCGUGCCUGUCUCUGCCAUGACGACGGUGUCCCAGGACGCGGUGACGGCCUCGCGCCAGAGCCUGGACACCAUCGUGCAGGCCAUCCAGCACCUGGAGGGCAACAAGGUCCUGCAGGACCACACCAAGCAGGACGACGAGUCCAGCAUCGACCCCGACUCGGAACCGGAGCGCGAGGAGGUCGUCAUGACGACCGAGGUCGCGACCCAGGCGACGGAGGAGGAGGUUUUGGCGUCGACGGGUUCGCCGGUUAGAGUAGAGCUGGUCCAUCACGCGGACAUCGUCAACCAAGGGGAGCUGGUGCGUCAACUGAGUCAGCAGGAGCUGACCUCCAGGCCAGGGGUCAUCAUCUCCUGAGGCCAGAGGGCAUAGGUCAUGACCUAUGACCUAUCAUGUGCAUUCUUCUAAUGGACUGCUGAAAGAAAGCACAGCCAGAGGCAUUAAAAUCUCUAUGUUCUAUUGUACAUAAAGUUCUCUGCUACACUACUACUUUUGCUUGGCUCAAAUCGUCCCUUCUGCCGACGAACAGGUUUCACAGACCGUGAAGUCAGUAGGACCUUUGUAAUUAUUCGCACAACGCUUUUUGCUCUUCCAAUGUCAGAAGCGGGCCUCUCUUGUGCUCCGGUCUAUAAUAGUUGUUCUUGUGUAUAACCCACACUGAAGAGUACAGUUAUUUUUGUAGUAGAAUUGCUUAUUUAACAAACAAAAAGUUUAUUGGUUGUAUUCUUGUAAGAGCUUGGCAACAGUUGUAUUUUGAAGUUGUCUAAAUACAGAUGGUUAUUUUUCCCAGGAGAGUUGUAAUGGAAGGUUUAGUCUAAUUAGUUUCAUCUAAAUACUUUAUUUAUUAUGUAUUUAUCAUAUGAUACAUGGCAGCUUGUACUGAAAAUGUCUUUUGUUCCAGAUGUUGUAAAUUGUGUUUUGUACAAAUGUAGCUUGUAGGAUGUUGAGGAAAGUUGUUAGGUAAGAAUUUAUUCUGUUAUGUGUGCGUGCGUGUGUGUUGGAUGUUUGUAGGUACGACUUUUGGCUGUUGGAGGAACAGAAUUCAUUUCAAGUCACAAGUCUGGUCAUGCAGCUUAGCUGGCAUUGCAUUCCAUAUGGGAAAACCUGUACAUAUUGUCUAGUUUAGUUUUGUAUGUCAAGUACAUAAUUUGUGGUCUUAAACAGCUCAUUUUUGCAUUGCUGUUGUAUAAACAUAAUAGUUUACUCUAAUACAGUAACAUUGAUAUUUAUUUUCAUAGUUAAUUUGUAAUGUGUCACAUUAGCUAACAUUUACUAAGAUUUGUUCUAUACGUGUACUGUUUAUUUAGCAUAAGUUUACGCCUAAAAGAGUCCAAUUUUCAAGUUGGGGUGGUUAUGUCUGAAUAUUGAGCACUGUGUGCCCAUGUUCUGUGGCAUAAGAAUUGCAUGUGGAAAGAAAUGUCCGAAGUCACUUGGUUGUAUGUUGGCGAAAUGAAGCACCUUUAAAAAGGCAGCAAGUGGGAGUUGUAAGACAGUUGUCAACCCCUCAGAGACAGAGUUUUAUAUUCUAAGAAAUGGUAAAAAAAAUUUAAAGGAGCAAAGACUGACCGAGCUGGAAUUUGAGUCAUGUUGUCUUUCUCUUUCAGAAAAAGAAAAUGGCUGAAAUUCAAAUGGGUCUAUCUUUGAAUGUCAAUUGCUUCAGAAUAAAUCUAAAUUUAAAUUCAUCUUUGGAAUGAUGAAAAAAAUGUUGAAAUUCAAUAGAAAAUACUAAAGAUUAAAUUGCUUUUGAAGAGUAUUUAUUUUGAUACUAAAGAAUAUGGUGGGGUCCUAGACAUCUGGUCAGGUAUGGGUCUCAGACUUUGUCUUGUGUUUGACAACUUUGCUAAAGCAAAUUGAGUAUAUACCUCUGAAAAAAGGUUUGUUCUGUAUGUAUUUUGUGUCGUUUGAAAGUUUCUGUAGGGUGUUGUUUGGACAGUAUUUGUUCCCGUGCUGUAUUAAGGAUCGGCUGAAACAUUUGUCAGGCGACAACCUGUCCCUGGGAUCUGCACUGUGUUCGUCUUCCUGUGUCUGUGUGACAGAAAAUAUGUGUGAGGAUUCUUCUCUUUCCUGUGUCAUCGGGUAUUCGUUGUUACAGACAAUACUGCCUAUUAUUGCUGGAGAAAAGUUUUUGGUACCCCUUUAAAUGAACCUUGUUAUUCAUCUGUAGUUUCAUGGGAAUAGAUCUUGACUUCAAGAGGAGGAAAUGUUCUUAUGUGUUUUGUACAACAGAGAUGAAAGGUACCUACAACCUGAUGGAGAGAACUUGACUGGAUAUUCUGGGUCUUGAAUUGUAUCCAACUUUAGCCACUACCAGGCUUC